UAUAUAUAUAUAUAUAUAUAUAAGUAUCAUAGCUCUGGACCAGGCCGUCACUAAGCCUAACUGCCACUAUAAGAAUGAAGCAAUACUAUUGGUUAAAUCUAGUUUCUCUUUCAGUAUUGUUGAGGGAAGUGACGUAUGAACUAGCUUAAAACAAAAUCUCAUAGAACCCAGUUUUUUUUAGAUGUCAAGAAUUUAUUGACUAAUUUAUUAAAUAUAAAUGUUUCUAAGUAUUUAAAAAAAAAAUGGUAAAAUGUUUACUAUUACAACUUUUUACGCAGAUUUUAAAUAUGUCAAUAACUAAAAUUUGAAAAACCAUUGGAGUUUCCCUUUAAACUAGUAGAGUCUAGCUCUUGUCACAGUGACUUACACUGACUCUGACUUAGUACUUACACUACUCACACAUCACACACUUCACACAGUCUUGUGACACUCUAUUCAAUUCCUAGAAAAUUUUUAAGUCUACUGUCUAGACUUAGACUCAGAGACUAUUGUACAAUGGGGAUACCUCAAGUGUUUUUGCUUGCUCAGGCUUGCUUUUAUUUACUGCUGUUUGUCUUGUCUUUCUUUGUUUGUGUUCCUGCUGGCGUCAACGUGGAUGAUUUUAAAGGCCACUGCCUGCUCUAUGCCACUGGCAAAUGGAAUUUUACUAACACUGAUACAGAGCUGCAGAAAGUUGACUGGGGGCCAGACAGUGCAUGUAAUUUUACUAUAUUUAUAGGAGUUAUGUCAUUGCUGGUCUCACUUAUCUAUAUCAUAUGGAUAGGAGUUUUGUUGGCAAGGGGGAUUGAAAGCUCUUGGAUAGAUGCAUUCCUGAAUCUUACCAUAAACUCCAUCACUUGUAUUUGUGUGUUUUCUUCUGGAUUGUCUGUCAGUGUUGGCUUUCAGGAUUGGUGUAAACUAGUGACAGAUCCAAAGUCUGGAAUUGAUAGUUGUGAAAAUGGCCAGUAUAUACAAAUUGGAAGUAAAAUUGAUGUUGAUGCGGAUAGUUUUUAUCUACAAUGGCAAAUGGUGCAGUUUGGCCUUUGGAGCUGUUGGAUUUGCUGGCUUGUUCUGUCAGUUAUGGCUUUGAUUCGAAUUUAUCGAUACCAUCGUAGAGAAUCAUUCUAUACCAGCAUCAAUCGGGAAAAACAACGACUUUUGGCUCAUGUUGGAAAAGCUCCAGAACAAGCUUAGGAUAUUGAAAAAUGUUCUAUACAAUUUACUUUGUUGUUUCAUGUAUCCAAUGAACAUUUAUGGAAAAAGUAACCUUAAUAUGGUCAUUUUUAAAUAAUAUAUUAAAUAUUUCAAAUAUUUAUGCUGCUAUUUGAAUAUUCAAUAAUGAUUGUAUCAUUAACACAAGAUUUGCCAAAGUCUUUUGGAACUCAAUUUCAAAGACAGUAUGGUGGCUCCAUGAGUUAAAUCCAUGUUGAUCAAAAAUGUUUUUACUGAGGCUAUUAAUAGCAAAUUUGAGACCUCAGCCAACAGAGAUAGUGUUUGUGCAGCAAGUUUCUGUUAAAACAAGGAGUCUAUGUAAAAAAAAAUAUUAAGGUUACUUUUAGAACUUUGUUAUUCUUCUAUCAGUAUUUUAUAAUUUACAUGAAUUCCUCCUACGCUUUACCAUUUAUUUUUGUACAGCUUUUAAAAGGAAUGAAAACACUACAAAUAGUCUACUGGCCAAUAUAAAAUAAAAGUUGUAGAUCACAAACAGCAAGUAAUGUAGCUUGAAUACCAGGUCUAGUGAGUUAAAACAAUUUUUUCACUACAGUCAAUCAACAAAAUAUUUAUUAUUUAGUUUCUAUGUCUAACAAAAAAGUAGAAAAGGACUUCUGUGUCCGGUAGCUUAUCCUUCUAUUUAUAUUUUAGAUUUUUCUAAGGCAGGUCUUGUGAGCUUCCUGGCAUGUCUUCUGAUCACAAGUUAGCAGCAUACAGUAAUGUCAGGGAAAUUAAAGCUCGAUCUGAUGACUUGUUAUUGGUUUCCCAACAUUUCUAAGGAGUUUACCUUGGGAUACACUGUCCUUGGUGAUUUGUUAGUCUAUUUCAAUAUUUCCUCUAUGGGAAAGUGUACUGCCAAAAUAAGUAAAUCUGACUUCUACAUUUAUUUUCUAUCCAUUUAUUAUAAUGUUUGGAUCUGAGUUUCCUCCUCAUCAUAAUCAUCAUCAAACUCCAUUUGAGUGACGACUUGAGAGGCUCAAAUCCUCUCUUGCAAAAGCCCUGGACAGAAACCCUGCUGUUUUGUGUAGUGCAUACGUCACCAUACAGGUUGAGAAUUAUUUGUUUCCCAGACCUGGCAAAACAUGGCCUAAAUUGUGCCGAUGUGCCAAAACUCAAACUCAUUCCCAGACCUGCCGAGACGGAGAUCAACAAGUCUGGGGCUUUCAAAAAGAAAAUGAGACACCGUGUACUCUUCUUCACUGCAGCGGGGGCACUGUGAGUCCAAAUGUGCUCCCAGACUCCACAGGCUUUUUGGGACUUGUCCCAGCACUCAAACAACUUUUCCAUUUCUAUUUUUUGGAUUAUACCCAGAGCAUGAUGAAGACUCAGUCUGCUCAGUGGGUAGUGUUGAGUGUCCUGGAAUUGGCAGUCUUUUUUUUUUGUACUGAGGCCGAAAUCAAUACAUGUACAUGAGAAGUUGUUGACUGUAGUUUAGUUUCUGAAGAAGCAGUUAAAGCAUUGAACUGUUGAUGAUUAAAUCUUUGAGAUGCCUGGGUUCAAAAGGCCGCCAAGUUUAAGAUGUAGAUGUUAACUCCAUCACAAUCAUUUUUCUUUAAUGCAUCUGUCAACAGCUGAAAGCAUGAAACUGAACAACAUGAGUCCCAGGAUAUGGCAAUAGAAUCAGUGAAAGGUGUUAGGUAAAAGAUUUAUUUGACUGAGGCUUGAACUCUAUAAUACCCUAAAUAGCUGUUUCAAUUUUUUGAAUAAAAUAUUUGGUGAAAUGAUAGGACAUUUACAAACUAAUUAAGAAAACAAUUAUUAUUCUUUUCUUUAAAAUAUAAAAUCUAAUGAGUAAAGACGGCAUGAUGGUUUUCAAUGUGCAUGUAUGAUAUAUUUUUUUAAAACUAAGGCUUACAGAAAUGAAAGUAAACCAUUGUCUUUCAUAGAAGAAAGAAAAUAAUUGACAUCGAUCUGUUUUUUUUAACUUCUUUUUUUCUGACCAAUAUAUAUAUAUAUACAUAUAUAUAUAUAUUUAUUAUAUAAUUAUUAUUACAUUUCUUUUGAACAAGUAUAAUAUAACCUCUUCAGUGUAUCAUUUAGUUAUAUAGAUAGCUAUGUAUUUGUGCUAUAUAUAUUUUUUGUUAUUAUUCCUGUCAAAAUUACAGGCUUUUUCAUAAUGAUUCUAAAAAAAAUAUUUAAAUUUUUUUUUUUUUAAUCUGCUUCAGCUAUGAUCUAAUUCUAUUGGUAGACCUUCACAAUUACUUACAUGUGCUUUUUAACAGAAUUUUUCCCAUGCUUGUAUAAAAAUUAUUAUAGAUAUUUUUAAACUUCAUGAAAUAAACAUCAACCUUUAAGCUACUGUUCUUUCAUCCAAAAUUUAAAAAUAUUAUUUUAUAAAGAAGUUCUUUAAAUAUGUAGGUAUUAUAUUUGGAAAAAAAAACUACCUAAUUUUCCCUUGUUUUCUACAUUCUUUAUCAAUCUACAUUUAGAAAAAUGAAUAUCUGUAUUAAAUUUUACCCCCCCCCCCCCCUUUUUUUUUUGUAUUAAUAAAAAAAAAAAAGAUUUUUUUUUUAGUCUUUAUGAAAACUUUUACCUUACUUGACAAUUAUAUUUUGUCUGUUGAAAUCAUGUCGACAGCCACCAUAGUCAUUCAGAGAGAAAUAAACUAGACAAAAGACAUUUUUACUGCACUCUUUACAAGAGUUAGUUGUUAGGUUGGUUGGUAUUGGGAUUGAGACCUAUUCUUCUCUAUUCAGUUGUUAUGCUUAGUUUAUAAACAUUGUUGUCUUCACUGUUGUUCAUAAAGGCUAGGAAACUGUCUUUAUCUGAGGUCUUCCUGGUGGUCUUGUUCAAAUCUUCCUUAUAAGUAAUAGUUGGCAGUGUUGGGAGAAAACUGAAGGUCUUUUAAGCUUUAAUUCUUUCUACACUGAUGCAUCGUCCCAGAUUGUAAAAGAUAUGCACAUAAAUAUAAACCAUUUUAAAAACAAGAUGAAAUUGUUAGUUGUUUUCACUGUUUUUUUUUU